UGUGGUAUGCAGCAGAUAUUCAAAAUUGAGAAACAUGGCCAAACAUCAUCCUGACCUUAUUUUUUGUCGUAAACAGCCUGGUGUCGCUAUUGGUAGACUAUGUGAGAAGUGCGAUGGAAAGUGUGUGAUCUGUGAUUCUUACGUGAGACCAUGCACAUUGGUGAGAAUCUGUGAUGAGUGUAACUAUGGUUCCUACCAGGGCAGAUGUGUUAUCUGUGGAGGACCAGGUGUAUCAGAUGCUUACUACUGCAAAGAGUGUACUAUACAGGAGAAAGAUAGAGAUGGCUGCCCUAAGAUUGUGAACCUAGGAAGCUCCAAGACAGAUCUGUUCUAUGAGAGAAAGAAAUAUGGAUUCAAGAAGAGAUGAUGUGCGAGCAGAUAAACCUUUGUAAAUAAUCUAAGUCUUGUAGCUAUGUUGUUGAUUAUGAUUAUAG